AUUCUGAAUUUGAAACGGGAUCGAACUCGAUGACGCCCCUUGAAAUUUCACUCUCCCCUCUCUCUCUUAUUGGACUUGAUUUUCAGUUUCUUUCUCCUUUUUCCCCCAAUCAUUGUCACUGAGAAAUUGAUGUUAGUUCCGGAAACCUUAGUGUUCAAGGUCUUCACUUCCGUUUCCUUUCGAGGUCGAAGGAAUUAGGGUUUUCUGCGAAGGACGUUAGCUGGGUAGUGGAUGCAGCAGCAGAGUUAGUCCUUCGCAAAAAAAUACUGUGUAGGUCGAACUCACGGGGAGUGCAAACUUGGGGUUCGAAUUGAAGUUGGAUGUUUUGAAGAGGGUGCCAUGGAUGGUGGAAGAAGGAUCACGGUGAGCCCUAGGCCUUGCAGUGGUCGCAGAGUAGUAGCGAAGAAGAGACAGCGUCGAGGUGGGGGAGUUGAUGGGUUUGUCAACAGCGUGAAGAAGCUUCAGAGGCGUGAAAUUAGCUCGAAGCGUGAUAGAGCUUUCAGUAUGAGCGAUGCUCAAGAGAGAUUUCGCAACAUCCGCUUGCAGGAAGAAUACGAUACGCAUGAUGCAAAAGGUCCUUCUUCUGUGGUGCUGCCUUUCCUGAGAAAGAGAUCAAAAAUUAUUGAGAUUGUGGCAGCACAGGACAUAGUUUUUGCUCUUGCACAGUCUGGUGUUUGUGCAGCAUUUAGUCGAGAAACUAAUCAAAGGAUUUGCUUCUUGAACGUGAGUCCAGAUGAAGUUAUAAGGAGUCUGUUCUAUAAUAAGAACAAUGACUCACUUAUUACAGUUUCUGUUUAUGCUUCAGACAGUUACAGUUCUUUGAAAUGCAGAAGCACGAGAAUUGAGUACAUAAGGAGGGGUAAACCAGAUGCUGGCUUUGCUCUUUUUGAGUCUGAGUCUUUGAAGUGGCCAGGUUUUGUUGAAUUUGAUGAUGUAAAUGGGAAGGUUCUCACAUUCUCUGCUCAGGAUAACAUCUACAAGGUGUUUGAUCUGAAAAAUUAUACGAUGUUGUACUCCAUUUCUGAUAAACAUGUUCAAGAGAUUAAGAUAAGUCCAGGGAUCAUGUUGUUGAUUUUUAAUAAAGCAAGCAGUCAUGUCCCACUUAAAAUCCUCUCAAUUGAAGAUGGUACUGUUUUGAAAUCGUUCAACCACCUUCUUCAUCGGAAUAAGAAGGUGGAUUUCAUCGAACAAUUUAAUGAAAAACUUCUUGUCAAGCAAGAAAAUGAGAAUCUCCAAAUUCUUGAUGUGCGGACAUUUGAGUUAACAGAAGUUAGCAGAAGUGAAUUCAUGACACCAUCUGCAUUUAUAUUUCUAUAUGAGAACCAAUUAUUCCUGACCUUUCGCAAUCGUACUGUGGCUGUUUGGAAUUUCCGCGGAGAGCUUGUUACUUCUUUUGAGGAUCACCUUUUGUGGCACCCUGACUGCAAUACAAAUAAUAUAUAUAUAACUAGUGACCAAGAUCUCAUUAUAUCAUACUGCAAGGCUGAUUCUGAUGAUCCAUUGUCUGAAGGAAAUGCAGGAUCCAUUAAUGUCAGCAACAUUUUAACUGGCAAGUGUCUUGCUAAAAUAAGAGUAAGCAAUAGCUCACCCAUGGAGAAUGAAUGUGGUUGUUGUGACAAGUGUUCAAGUAAGGGUUGCCGUUCAAGGAAGAGAAAGCAUGUCGCCAGAAUUAGGAGCACAGUUGCUGAAGCCUUGGAAGAUAUUACUGCCCUCUUCUAUGAUGAAGAGCGCAAUGAGAUCUAUACGGGCAAUAGACAUGGUCUGGUUCAUGUAUGGUCUAACUGAUGCAUUGUUGAGUCUAAUAAUGCCUUGCUCUUUCUAAUUGCUCUUUAAUCCAUGGAUGAGUUGAUUGUCCUUGCCUGCUGUAAGACGACUUGUGGGAGUAGUGGCCCUUUUUAUAUUUUUAUGAUUCUUUUUUUCCCCCCUAGUGAUGUACGUCUCAGGCAAGUUUGUCCAGCAGUUGACAACCUAUAUCUGUAUUAUGUGAAAUUCUACGCUGGUAACUCUCGUGCCAGAUGUUGCUUCUGCUGUAAUCUAUUUUACAUUUUAUGGAGCGGCCUCUGGUCCUCUAGAGUGAAGUAUGUGAAUAAUGUAACUCUACCUCUUUGCUUC